AUUAAAGAGAAAAGUGCCUCACAGGAAACACGUCAGUAAAGGAAACAUGAGAUCUGGAUGUCAUGAACCAGGGGGAAAGGCAUUAAUAGUACAACUUGGUGGCAGUUACUUUUGGUGACACUGACCAGUUUCUACAAUGUACCAUUCUUUAUCUGAAACUAGACAUCCUCUUCAGUCAGAAGAACAAGAAGUAGGCAUUGAUCCUUUAUCCAGUUAUUUGAAUAAGUCUAAUGGAGAUUCAAAUAAAAAUGGAAGAAGAACAAAUUCAGCCUUAGACUGUGAGGGGACUUUUAAUUCAUAUAGGAAGGAAUGGGAAGAACUAUUUGUAAACAACAAUUAUUUGGCAACAAUAAGGCAGAAAGGCAUUAAUGGGCAGCUGAGAAGCAGCAGGUUCCGCAGCAUUUGCUGGAAGCUAUUUCUUUGUGUUCUUCCUCAAGAUAAAAGUCAAUGGAUAAGUAGAAUUAAAGAAUUGAGAGCCUGGUAUAGCAGUAUUAAGGAAAUACAUAUCACAAACCCAAGGAAGGUUGUUGGCCAGCAAGAUUUGAUGAUCAACAAUCCCCUUUCACAGGAUGAAGGAAGUCUUUGGAACAAAUUCUUCCAAGAUAAAGAGCUUCGAUCAAUGAUUGAACAAGAUGUCAAAAGAACGUUUCCUGAAAUGCAGUUUUUCCAACAAGAAAAUGUGAGGAAAAUUCUUACAGAUGUUCUUUUCUGUUAUGCUAGAGAAAAUGAGCAGUUGCUUUAUAAACAGGGUAUGCAUGAGCUCUUAGCACCUAUAGUCUUUAUUCUUCACUGUGACCACCAAGCUUUUCUACAUGCCAGUGAGUCUGCACAGCCCAGUGAGGAAAUGAAAACGCUCUUGAAUCCAGAGUAUCUGGAACAUGAUGCCUAUGCAAUGUUCUCACAGCUUAUGGAAACUGCUGAGCCUUGGUUUUCUACUUUUGAACAUGAUGGUCAAAAGGGCAAAGAAACUCUGAUGACCCCAAUUCCUUUUGCUAGACCACAGGAUUUAGGGCCAACAAUAGCUGUGGUUACUAAAGUCAACCAGAUUCAGGAUCAUCUACUGAAGAAGCAUGAUAUUGAGCUCUAUAUGCAUUUGAACAGACUAGAAAUUGCACCACAGAUUUAUGGGUUACGGUGGGUGCGGCUGCUGUUUGGCCGAGAAUUCCCUCUGCAGGAUCUUCUGGUGGUCUGGGAUGCCUUGUUUGCAGAUGGCCUUAGCCUAAGUUUAGUGGACUACAUCUUCAUAGCUAUGUUACUCUACAUCCGAGAUGCUUUGAUUUCUAGUAACUACCAGACCUGCCUGGGCCUUCUAAUGCAUUACCCACUCAUCGGGGAUGUACACUCACUGAUUCUUAAAGCUCUAUUCCUUAGAGAUCCAAAGAGAAACCCGAGGCCAGUGACUUACCAAUUCCGUCCCAAUUUGGAUUAUUACAAAGCACGAGGAGCAGAUCUUAUGAAUAAAAGCCGGAGCAAUGCCAAAGGUGCUCCUCUGAAUAUAAAUAAGGUCUCCAAUAGCCUGAUUAACUUUGGAAGAAAGUUGAUUUCUCCAGCAGUGGCCCCUGGCAGUUCCGGUGGUCCUGGCCCUGGCCCUGGGGGCAGUAGUGGCAGCUCUUCCUCUUCUGUGAACCCCACCAGGACCUCCACAGAAGCAACAAAACAUCAUUUGCAGCAACAACAGCAGCAGCGGCUAAUGAAAUCUGAAAGCAUGCCAGUGCAAUUGAACAAAGGCGAUGUAGUUACAGGAAGUGAUGCUCAGGUUUCUGUUCCUGCCCAGACUCUAACUGACCUCCAAGGGCAAAAUUCUAAAAACAUCAGUUCAUCUCCAAGCAUUGAGAGUUUACCCGGAGGAAGAGAAUUCACGGGCUCGCCACCUUCCUCUGCUACCAAAAAAGAUUCCUUUUUCAGCAACAUCUCCCGCUCCCGCUCACACAGCAAAACUAUGGGCAGAAAAGAAUCUGAAGAAGAAUUAGAAGCCCAAAUUUCCUUUCUUCAAGGGCAGCUGAAUGAUUUGGAUGCCAUGUGCAAAUACUGCGCAAAGGUGAUGGACACACAUCUUGUAAAUAUUCAAGAGGUAAUAUUACAAGAAAAUUUGGAAAAAGAAGAUCAAAUACUGGUUUCCCUGGCAGGAUUAAAACAGAUCAAAGAUAUUCUAAAAGGUUCCCUGCGUUUCAACCAGAGCCAGCUGGAGGCUGAGGAGAAUGAGCAGAUCACCAUCGCAGAUGACCACUACUGCUCCAGUGGACAGGGCCAGGACAACCAAGUUUCUGGGACCACCAAGCAGGCUUCUUCAGAAACACCAGUGCGCACAGAUGGAGGGAGUUCAGAUGACUUCAUCUUGGUUUCCAAAGAAGAUGAUGGGGGCAGUGCCAAGGGUGCCUUCUCAGGCCAGGCCCAGGCUCUUCGCACCCUUAGAAGAACAUCUGGGAAAAGCCAGGCCCCAGCCUACUCCCCACUGGUGUUCUCAGACCCACUGAUGGGUCCAGCCUCAGCUUCCUCCAGCAACCCCAGCUCCAGCCCUGACGAUGACAGCAGCAAGGACUCUGGCUUCACCAUUGUGAGCCCCCUGGACAUCUGACAACAGAGGCCCAGCCACUACCUCAGUGGCCUAAAGCUCCAUCAGUGGAGACUCCGCUGAAACCAAUGCUUGUUUCCCAGCAUGCAUUUGGCAUUGGUAAAGCCUGUUGGGACCCUCUAGAAAGAAGCAAGUAAGGCCACAGAGCACAUAGAGUUAUAAUCCCUGAAAUGUAGAUGGGAGCCCCUCUGUGGGGACCUCUCGCCCCUUGCCCCUUCCUUCCUUUGAAUUAGAGCUGGGGUAGGUACCCAGCACCAUGCUCAAUGUCAGAAAAGGCCAAACCACCACCAAAACCAAUUUUCUUCCACUAACUAAGAAGGUCCCACAGCUCCAUCAGUUACAUUCAGGAAGAGUGGAAGGAGUUGGUCUCAAACUUCUCUCUUUCAGAAGCAUCAGCCACAGGAAGACAGGUUAAUGUCAAGAAAGCUUAUUCUGUGGAAAACUGCUUGCUUCCACUCCUACCUUGGAAAGUCAUAUAGCAGAUUCGGGUACAAUAGAAUAAAUGAGAAUGGCUAGAUUUCAGGGUUGGAACUACCUACCAACCUCUCAAAGUUAUGAUCUUUAACAGCAGGCUCUAGACUUAAGAAUCAUACUUAGGUGUAGUGUGGUGUUAGGUUCUUUGAUUGGUUAACGGAACCUUUAUAACCUCAGACUAGUAUACUUUGGAUCACUGCUCCUGCUUAAGCAACUGUUGGACAUCUUUUAGAGGCUUUCAUGGUCAGAAAACAUGGUCACUGUAAGACAGUCUUUGCUGCACUCACUUCAAAAGUUGCAGGAAUACUACUAUCUUACAAUUGAAUAAUGUGACCCUAACUUUAAAUGGGGAAAACAUUUCACUUAGUUGAUUUUCUGACCAAGUCUCUCUAGUUACAGAGCUAGAUUUAUCUCUAAGAAGAAAGGCUUAGGGAAAACCAUGCUCAUUCUUAUCCAGAGUAAAGUGGCUGUGAUAGGCAACUAUACCUGGAGUCCCUUUGUGGGGAACAGGGCUCUUAGAGAACAUUCCAGGUGCAAGGAGGAUGGGAUUCCUACACAGCCCUGCCCUUUUUUGGAGCUAGUAAAGGAGCUUCCAAGCCUGCGCUCAGCUGUAAACUGCACCGCAGCACAGCUGUCAGGACCAGGCCUGCUGUGCCAGCCCUUCCUGAGCUGUGCAGAGACUCCUCUGCAGUGAGUAGCUCAGGGAACCACAGCAGGCACAGCAUUUGUUACAUGAGCCAUCUC